AUGGAGUUUAUGCUCAAUCAGAUUAAAAUUGUAUUUACUGAACGCCAUAUGAUUGCAAGUAAAUUCACUGCGAAUAAAUUCUCUCAACAUAAAAUACACAUAGCCUUUAAGGCGUGUGAUUAGCUACAAGAAAUUGCUUUAAUUCGGGCACGUUAUACACAAGUAUGCUGUGGUCAUGGAGCGGGAUGAGGAAUUGAGCAGUUUUGGUUGGCAUAGGAGAAAUCCUCCAAAAUGACAAGAUUUUUCGUCGCUGGCAGAAAAUCGUGAAAAUCAAUGACCUCCCCCAAACGACAAUUGUCCUCCUCCCGCACCAUGACCACAAUUUUGCAGGACGACUAUUGUCUUCCUCCCGAAUUAAACCAUUUCCAAGAAAACGACAAUUGUCCUCAAUACGAAUUAAAGGCGAUGCCAUGGAGGGUUACGCAGCUCUGGAGAAUGAACUGAUCCUAAAAUCCAUUUUCUCAUUUCUGGGUUUUAAAAGUCUAAAACAAGUUCGUGGACAAAAAGUGGAAUCGUGUCUUGGAACACCAAUUUACAAAUAAGGCUCUGGUUUCCCUGAUUUUGGAUCAAGAGGUUUCGAAAACCACAAUCACAACGCUGAUUCGUCCCUGGAAGAAAAAUCCUACCGAUUUGAUAUUUAAGGUAGAAAUGAAUCAAGCCGUUCAAGAUGUUGUUGCCGAUUAUUUCAAGAAAUUUAAACAUUGCAAAAUCCACUAUGACGAAGCGUGGAUGGGCACAGAGAAAAAUAAAAUGUUGCCGGAAAUUUCAUUAAAACAUUUGUCCCAACUGGUCGAACUGAUUGGACACCCUGCCGGCUCGUUGCGGAUUAACUUUCCGUUCGGGAAGUCGAACAAGAAAGAAAAGUACGCGUCGGAUGAAGUGGUUUCCAAGGUGACGAAUGCGAUAAAUAAUUGUCCUAAAGUUACCAUGAGCUUGGGAACGGCAACUAUUUAUGAGUACGAUUACGAGCCGAAUGCAUAUUCUGGUGGGAUCAAAUUCAACACUUGUCCCAGCAUAAAAAUACGAUCCGAUCAGGUGCAAAAGACUGUCCUACUUUUCACAAAUGUGCAAAGCAUAAAGUUUACCAAGGAAUGUUUCCAUUACGCUUUUCCUACCGUGAUGAAUCGUAUUGUUGAAAAUUUGCACCAAUUCGACAAAUUGGUGGAAAUUCGAUGCGACAAAUCUAUUCUACUUGAGAGUGUAACGGGAUUAAAUUGCAUUCAGGAUAUCGGGUCCCUUAACAAACUUUCUACUUCCUUGAAACAUUUACAUCUCAAAAUACGAUGCGAUUACUACGCGGGAAGUGAAGAUGGGUACGCAGAACUUGGAGAAGUCCUGGCUAAACAUGCCCCAACUUUGGAAACGUUGGGGUUAUCUUUCAAAUGGAGGGUUGACUAUUUUGGGGAAGAACAAGAAGAUGACGAGAAUCCAGACUAUGGCAGAAUUUCAGUGCCAGAUGUCUUCCCUAAAUUGGAAAUGUUACAGAUCACGGUGGGAAACUCGCAUCGUAGUUCCCCACCAAGAAUGACACGCUCAGAAAUGAUGGACAUUUUUGGGCUCGUCGAUAGUACUGAAGAGGGUAGAUUCUAUGAUAAAUUUCCAUCAUUGCGAAAUCUAUCGCUAAUAUUGCAAACCUCAUCAGGAUGCUCUGUUUCGGGAAAUGUGUUUGAUGACGAAUCCGUCAUUCGAUUCCGUAAUGAAGGAUUUGUAUCAAUUUUACAAGAAAUUGGGGAAAAUCGGGACGAGGAUACGACAGAUGAAGAAGAUUAAUUAAAUCCUGGAGUAAUAUGUGCUUCAAUUCUUAUUGGAAUUUCUGUUGAACAAUUAUGCAUUGACAUUGUUAUAUGUAGGUACUGUAAUUUACUUUUAUUAAAACAUCUAUUUCCAGCAUUUUAAAUAAUGCAAUCAUAAUAUAAACCAAUUUCAGCAUAAUUUCCUGAACCAAUUUGUAGCAAGAAUUAGAAAUAAAAAUAUAA